GUCGAGCCGACUCUCCUAUUCCUUAUGUCAUAGUAUCACAACCUUCUCGAGGAGAGAGCCAUCCGUUAUUCUGCAGCUGCCAUGCCUGCUGUAGGUGACCAGCACAAGCCGAACGGCAGCGCGACAGCCAACCCGUUCGAAGAGCAACCGCCCCGGAUAGCGGAAUAUACUGCCCAAGAGAUCGCUACCUUGCAAAGUCGGCUAGACAAACAACUGGGGCCAGAAUACAUCUCAUCACGCGCAGGACCAGGCGGCUCAAAAGUACACUAUCUAGCAGCCGACAAGGCCAUUAGUCUUGCCAAUGAAGUCUUUGGCUUCAAUGGCUGGAGCAGCUCCAUCCAAAACAUCCAGAUCGAUUUCGUCGACGAGAACCCUCAGACGGGAAAGAUCUCUCUUGGUCUCUCCGUCAUCGUAAGAGUGACACUGAAAGAUGGCACACAUCACGAAGACAUUGGCUACGGACAAAUUGACAACUGCAAGGGCAAGGCAGCUGCUUUCGAGAAGGCCAAGAAGGAGGGUACCACAGAUGCAUUGAAGAGGACUCUGAGGAAUUUUGGGAAUGUCUUGGGGAACUGCGUCUACGACAAGACCUACUUGUCCAAAGUCACAAAAAUGAAGGUUGGAAGCACUAAAUGGGACGAGGGUAUGCUACAUCGACAUGCAGACUUUGCGCCCAAAAAGACGUCAGAGGAGAAAAAGCCAAAUGUGUCUGCUCUCGUGCAAGAAGAGACACCAGAAUUCGAGGACAGUUUCGAGUUGGCAGACUUUGAAGAGCUUGAUUUUGAUGGGGUCGACAUGGGGCAUCCAGAUGAAGUCGCAUUACCUGCGGAGGCGACAGAUUCAACAAACAAGUCAGGUCAUUCGGCUUCAGAACGGAUGCUCCCACAAAGCAGAGCAGAUCAGACAAAUACGCCGUCCAAACCACCAGCCAUUCAAAAUCCUGAUCCAAGAAUGGCUCUCCCCAAAGCCGCCCAGACUCGUCCGUCGACGGCUAUUGUACCUCAACCUCUGCCCGGGCAGCGGCACCAAGCGGCACCACUCCCUCUCGCAAAACCCUUGACAGGAGACUCUCGACAGCCCAUUGACAAUCUCCAUCGUGCAGCUUCGCCUAUAUCUGCCCAUCAUCUGCCGGCCCAGCAGCCCGGCCAAGGCAUCGGCUUUUACUCAGCCAGGGCUGCUGAGGUUCUGGAUGAGAACAACAACGUGAUUCCUGCCGCCGCGGCAGCCGCUCCGCGUUUCAACCCGCAUGCCGAAAGCCCGUCAAUCCGCAAAACGUCUGGAGUCAAUCACAACAGGUCUAUACCAUUGAAACGAGACUUGACUCCUGAUACCACCAAUAUACGGACCAAUGUGAUCAAUCCGCAAUCAGACCCGAUGAGACGACUGGGCGCUCCUGGUCCCAGCGGACCAAUGUCGGGCACUCGAGCGCCUAACGCUUCUGCAUACCGACCUCCCACGAGACGAGGGCCUCUGGAAUCAGGCACCGGUCACACAGUGAGCUCAGUCGAUCCCGGCGGAGUAGACCGCGUUUUGCAAGCCGCGAAAAGAACACCGCUAGGCGAUGUGAGCAAUGUACAGCAUCACGCAACAUCAAUCACCGCGGACGGAACCGAUGCUAAAAGACAGCGGGUGGCUGAUGUGGGCCAAAACGGCAUUGUAGAAGCGGUCGCCAGCAACCCAAGGAUUAGCGGAUGAAGAGUACGGUGUGCUCCGGUAUAGCAUGGAGGGCAUCCAAAGUGGACGGACUCGACCGAGUGAAGAAGCACUUGGCACAAACUCCUACCGUGG